UUUGUGUUCUAUAAAUGUACCUGUAUGUUCGCUGUCUCUGUAUUAUUUUCCUAAACAUAGAUCGUAACAAAGACGUCUGUUGCUGUAGUGGUCAUACGUCCUCGACAGUCGAGUUCACGCUGAGCCAGCAGGUACAGUCCCCCUGUCGGACCGUCUGACAGCACGUGGAUACCAUGGCAACUGACUGGGAAAUCGGACAGCCGUAGGAGGAAUGAAUCGGCUUGAAGAGCGCAGAACAGAAAAAGGCAUGAACGACCAGCUGACGACUUGUAAAACGCUCUCCUCAUAAAAGCAAUCAGUUUGAAAUCAUCGCUCGUUACCGGCCGAGUGCUAAAAUCGUCACAUCUCUUUGUGGCGUUCUCACGACUCAAUAACUCGAUCCACCCCCGCACUCACUCGGCGUCCUCUGAUCCCCAGGGUAAGCAGCAGACGCCCUGACUGCACCAACAAGUCAUUGACUCGUCUAGCCACUCCACUCCGCUGACGUAAUCCCCGUCUGGCCCCCAGCAGACCAACACAAACGCUGCGAUUGGUCAGACCUCCGGCUUUCCUCAACCUUUGACCAAUGACAGGUCACGUCGUCCUAGUGGACGUCUCUUAGUCCCAAAACGGACAGAAAAACGAUGAAACUGCAACACCGACAAGUGCCAUGUAGUUGUGCGGUUGUCAGACUGUUGGAUCUUCUAUUUCCUUCUUGUUUAUUUAUCCAAGCUGUGUGCCCUCAGGCGUGCAUGGAAGUGUGCAACUGUCGCCUUGUGAGUGGAAACACGUAAAGGUCGUCAGUAGCAGGUCAGUGUCAACAGCAAGAAUGAUUAUGUUGGACAGUGGAGAAACGGUGGUGCCAAGUUCCAGCCCGGAUCUUCCAACAUCGGCGUGUCUCCCCGAGUAUUCUCCUCCAAUCAACCCUCCACUCGCCCACGACGGUCCCCCUCCGUGUGCGGGGUGCGGACAGUCCAUCCAAGACGAGUUCAUCUUGCGCGUGCAGGGUCACCUGUGGCAUGCGCAGUGCCUGCGGUGCGCUGUUUGUCAAGUUUUGUUGACACAGUCUUGCUACGUUCGAGGAAAUCGCGUCUUUUGUCGCGUGGAUUUCUUCAGACUAUUCGGGGCCAGUUGUGCCGGAUGUGGUCAAGUCAUCUCCCCUAGCGAGGUAGUGCGGCGCGCACACGACAACAUCUACCACGUGACCUGCUUCUGCUGCCUCUCCUGCGGCAUCGCCUUCAACACCGGCGACGAGUUCUACCUUCGCCAAGAUGGCCGCCUCCUGUGCACCACAGACUUCCGGGCCACGCGACCUUCACCCCGGCAAGAACAGGCGAGCGGUAACGCUGACAUCAUGUGUCAGAACCAGCCAGCAGCGCCCUCUGAUGCAAGCAGUGUCUCGAUAUCUGAGCAGGAGGAGAAGGUGCUCCGCGAAGUGUACAGCACGUGCAAAAAUCCCUCACGUGACUUCCUCCAGCAAAUCAGCGCCAGCCAUCGUCUUGACAUGCGCAGCGUCCGCGCCUGGUUCCACAGUCAGCGCCUGCGCGACCGGAAGCAAGAGUUCCCGAAUGGUGGCGCCGGUGUCGGUAGUGGUGACGUAACUGCUUCUCUGCCAGGGGGCGACAGGAUCAGCGUAGGACGUGUGCUGGCGCCCCCUGGGAGCUUUCCUUUGCCCAUUGUUAAUGACGCCAUGUGCCCCGGGCAGCUUCCCUCCGGGACCAGGACUGACGUCACAGCCAUCGACAUCCCGUUUGCCAUGACGUCUUCCUGCCCUAGAGUUACCUGCCUUUGGCCCUUGUCACCCGAAGUGUGGAGCGAGGACUUCGUGCCCCCCAACGUCAACCUUGACCCUUGCGACCUCCAGAACGGCGAGGUGUGCUGCAGCCGUCGGUACCUGCCGCAGUCCGCCACGACCUCAGUGCUGCCACCUGAGUUCGACUUCACCAACGGAAGGGGAAGUAAUUGUGGCGUGCAGCAGCAGCAGCAGCCAACGGCGCGAGUCGACGGAGCGGAACCUCCAUGGAUAAACUGUUGAGGAUGACAGGCAGCUAGCUUUGGGGACUUAGGUGACUAGUCAAUGGCUUGUCAUUAGUCAGGGUCGUCAUGCAGCGGUUGACAAGUGUGGGUGACUGAAAUGACAAGUCUGGGGCAGAUGACUGGUGACUUGCCAGGGUUACUGUGGUGACUAGUGCAUAGGAAGUCACGUAGGGGCUACUUUGUCUGCGAUUAAUGCCAGUCAGGGACACUACAGGUAACUCUAGUCAUUCAGUAUUAUGGAGAUGACUGUCACCAGACAGGUUUACUUAAGUCAGUAAUGUGUUGUCAGGGUUACUUAGGCGACUAGUGCACAGUUCGUGUAGCAUAGUGGGACUAUUGUCAGACAGGUGGACAGGUGUUUAGUCAAGUCCCUUACAUCAGGUGUCAGAUGAGAUUAAUUAACUUAUAGUCUGGGUCGCGCAGGUGACAGUUGAGGACAUGCCUCUUGGGGAAUGGUUCUUAUGCUGUAGGCAUUGAAGUCAUCAUCCAGUAACAGGAUAUUGUUACUGAAUGUCUGAACAACCGCUCACCUACCUCACAUAAUGUUCAACAGUAUUUUGUCUCGCUCCUCUCUCAGCCUCACUUUAAUGAAACACACAGGCAGUCAAAGAGCUUUUGAUGGAACAAUGCUUUUAAAAGAAUUAUUAUUAUUAUUCUGCUUUUCUGUGCGACGCAUUAAGAUGAUGAUUGUGAAGACAUGUGAGGAGACCUGUGCGCCUUUAUUGACGAAGGUUUUUAAUGACUCGUUGGGUGGGCGGAGCUAGCGGGGGGCGUGACCUCUGGUAACACCGCUGUACACGUGUUACUCCCCCAAGGCCAGAUACCCCACCUUAGAUCAUGGGGUAAGCAUGCUUACAAUCCUAUCUCAUCCCAUCCAAUUUUUAAAAAGUUUAAAUUAUCAGUUCCUGUGUGUUUUGAAUGCAAACCUGUCAGGAGCGUUCACUGGAAAACGUGCUGCUGCAUUGUGAACAUUGUUCGCAAAGUGUUUACUUUGUAAACAAACCUUUGACAUUUGUCAUGGCUUUUGCGUGCAUAUAUUAGGUUGUCCGACAGUAUGAAAAUUGUAAAGAAACUUGUUUUACGCAUAAAAUUGUAUAUUAAAAGGCUUCUUAUACACUGAAAUUGUGAUGAACGUGCCUAGAAAUUUCAAAUAUUCCUCAAGCAUAAAAAGGAAAAUAAA